AUGCCGCUACAACUAAAUGAUCCACAAGGUACAAGUCCGCCUAUACGACAUCCAUUCACCAGGUUGAUAAAUUGCGUCAGAUGUUAUAAUAUCCCCAUAUUAAAUUUCAUAAUCAUUGCCAUUCUCGGGUCGUUUUUAUUUAAAUUAACCACGAAAUACACGGGGUUAUAUAUGAAAAGUUCUUUGAUUACAAUCAUAGUAACGAAUUUGGUUCUUUAUGGAAUAUCUGAAACAAUGGCCCAAUCAAUUCUAAGUUAUAAUAGAAAUCAACCACGUAUAGCAUUUCAAUUCAAUGAAUCAAGACCUCGAAAUGGUGGGCUUUCUUUUAAUUCUCAAGAUAUUUCAUUGCCUACUGAACUUGAACCCUAUAGUGACGAAGAAACUGAAAGUAAUGCCGAGACUAUGAGUAUUGAUGAAGAAGGGUUGGAUAGGUUUAUUGAUUUUUUAAGACAAGACAAUGAGUCGGUGGUUAAUGAUCGGAGUGAAGAGGAACAGGUUGCUAUAGGCAUGACUAAUAUGCCAAUUGAAUUAUCGUAUUAUCAGUUUAGUCGAUUAGCUGGAUUUAUGUGUUGGGGUUUUAUUAUGGCAUUUGUACAAUGUUGGUGGUAUAAAUUCUUACAAAUCUAUUCCAAAGAUCCAAAAUUUAUAGAAGUGUUACGGAAAGUACUUACAGAUCAAUUUUGCUUUUCACCAAUAUCAUUAUUUUGUUUCUUUACGUAUGGUACUAUAAUAUUAGAGAGUGGGACUUGGGAAGAUACUAAACGAAAAUUAAACAAGAUUUAUCUUAAAACAUUAAUGACGAAUUAUUCAGUUUGGUUCCCGGUACAAUUCAUUAACUUUUUAUUAAUACCGCGAAAUUUUCAAGUUCCUUUUAGUUCAUCAGUUUCGGUUCUUUGGAAUUGUUUCUUAUCUAUGAGAAAUUCCAGAAGUUAA